UGAACCUCCCAGCUAUUACCCGACAGUUUCACAGACAUGGCGACCCAAUUUCCGCCUCCCUCGAAGCGCCAGAAGCGAGAGCAAACUGAAGUCGCGCGACAGCAACAAAACAUUGAUACGUCGAUACCCGAUGGCACAGUGCGAGUGCGCUUCGUCGACCAGGCCACAGGCGAAAGCGGUGACCUUCCAGUUCUCACUGUCCCGUUGUCGCAAGCAUCGACUAAGAACCUAGAGCUUCUUCUCAACAACCUCAAAGACCAGGCCGAGGACCCAAUACCGUACCGCUUCUUCCCCGACGAGGCGACCGAGGCACUUGCGGACAAGGAUGAUUUGUACAACGCGCUGGUUAAACCGGGAAAGGCAUCAGCGGAAUCCGAGAUUGUGCUCCAAUACGCACCACAGGCUGUGUUUCGGGUAAAAGCCGUCUCACGAUGCUCGGCCGCUGUGUCGGGUCAUGGCGACAACAUCUUGUCGGUAAACUUUUCGCCAGUCAGCUCUAGCAGAAUGGCGAGCGGAAGCGGAGACAAGACGGUGAGGAUAUGGGAUUGCGACACGGGAACACCAGUGCACACGAUGAAGGGACACUCGAGGUGGGUCCUGGCAGUCAGCUACUCACCCGACGGCUCACUGCUGGCGUCUGGUGGAUAUGACAAUGAGGUGCGGAUAUGGGAUCCAAACACAGGAAAGCAGAUUGGAGGCCCGCUCAAGGGCCAUACCGGAUUCAUUACAUCCCUCUCCUGGGAGCCCUAUCACCUACAAGAGCCUGGCCGACCCCGGGUAGCGUCGUCUUCAAAGGAUGGCACAGUAAGAGUAUGGGACGCGAUAGGCGGCAGAAUUGAUUUCGCGCUCUCAGGCCACAAGGGCAGCGUGACUUGCGUCAAGUGGGGUGGCACUGGACGCAUGUAUACUGCCUCUCACGACAAGUCUAUCAAAGUCUGGGACGCAGCGCAGGGGACGCUCAUCAACACAUUAUCAGGCCACGCGCAUUGGGUCAAUCAUCUCGCGCUCUCGACAGACUUUGUCUUAAGAACCUCGUAUCAUGACCAUACACGAAAGGUGCCAGCAAGCCAGGAGGAGAAGCUUGCGAAAGCCAAGGCACGGUUCGAGAAAGCCGCGACAAUCAAUGGCGAAGUGGUAGAGCGGCUGGCGACGGCCUCGGAAGACUGCACAAUUAUGCUGUGGACGCCCUUGACCAGCACCAAGCCAGUCACGCGAAUGACGGGUCACCAGAAGCAGAUCAACCAAGUAACCUUCUCGCCCGAUGGAGCUCUCUUGGCAUCUGCAGCCUGGGACAACCACGUCAAGCUGUGGUCAGCUCGAGACGGAAAAUUCCUCAACACACUAAGGGCACAUGUCGGCCCAGUAUACAUGACGUGCUUCUCUGCCGAUAGCCGGCUGCUGGCGAGUUGCAGCAAAGACACGACGCUCAAGGUGUGGGACAUGAGGACCGGAAAGCUCAAGGAAGACUUGCCAGGACACAAAGACCAGGUGUUUGCGCUUGACUGGAGUCCGGACGGAGAGCGGGUGGGUAGUGGGGGUGCAGACAAGCAAGUACGGAUUUGGAGCAACUGA